AAAUCAAAAACAAUUUUUAACUCGAAGGCUAUAGUUGUUUCGACUUUCGAGUGAAGGGUUCUCAACUCGCAACUGAUUGUUUGAUGAACGUGAGAAAAAAAAAUAUCCGUUGGCGUCUUUACGAAUUCUUCGAGUCGUUAAACCCUUACAACAAAUGCCAAUAUCGAAACAUUUUCAAGUCGUUAAACCCUUUGUAUUGAAAAACCCUAACCAAAACAUACAACAAUGGCUUCUAACGUACAUUCUCGGAUUGUAACCGCUGCCGGAACCUCCGAAACCGAGAUUCCCCUCAUUGCCACCGUAGAAACCGAGCGGAAGGUGGAAGCGGAAGUGAAAGAGGAGAAGCCAGUAGCUGAUCAUCCAACGGUUACGGAGGUAGCUCCGGCUGCAGAAACGACGAUUCCUAAGAAGAAACGACCUGGAUACUGUGUGUUUCGGGUUAUAGUGCCUGUGCAUAAAGUUGAGAGUAUUAUAGGACGGAAUGGAGAUCUAAUCAAGAAGAUGUGCGAAGAGACUAAAGCUAAUAUUCGUGUACUGAAAGGCCCUGUUUCUGACCCUAACCGCAUUGUAGAAAUAUCUAGCAAGGAAGAUAUAGAGGCACCUUUGUCACCUGCAAUGGAUGCUGUGAUAAGAGUAUUUAAAUGUGUUAAUGGAUUUCCAGAAAAUGAGAGUGAUGGUGUUGCCUCCAUUCCAUUUUGUUCAAUUCGACUAUUGCUAACAUCAAUGCAAGCCACGAGUUUGCUUGAGAAGCAAGGAUCUCUUUUAAAGAGAAUACAGGAGAACACGGGUUGUUAUAUUCGCAUUUUAUCUUGUGAUGAAGUAUCAAAAUUAUCCACCAACUCAGAUGAUAGAGUUGUCAAUUUAAAGGGAGAAGGUCUCAAGGUUCUGCAAGCUUUAGAAGCUAUUCUCAAACACCUAUGCAUGUUUUUGGUUGAUCAUACCAUUCUUCCUCUCUAUGAGAAGACUUUAAGACCGGGCCAAGUAGGCUUAAACACGCGUCACAGUAAGAAGCGCCGCCGAAUCGUUGCUGCUGAAGCACCACAUAAAGAAGGGAUGGUGUGUAGCUCUUUGGUUAAAGUACCACCAGAGUUGCCUCAAGUACAACCCGCAACUGCAUGUGUGACAGUAGAGAAUAAAGCUGAUGUACCACCAGAAUUGCCUCAAGUACAACCCGCAACUGCAUGUGAACCUAUAGAGACUAAAACCGAGGUGCUGGUUUCUGUUGAUGAUUCGAACAUGGUUGAAGACCAGGCUUUGACCGGACUGGAACCGGGCGAAAUAACUGAAGAACCUCAAGCAAGGGUACCUCUUGUUCCGCCAUCAUCCAAAAAGUCACCGCCCUCAGCCGCUACUGAAGCACCAGUGGAACCACAGAAAGAACCGAUAAUGUGCAACUCUCUGGUUGAAGUUGAAGUACCACCAGAAUUGCCUAAAGUACAACCUGCAAGUGUAGUGGCAAUAGAGACUAAAAGGAGGAUGUCGGUUUUUGAAGAAGAAAUAUUGAGUGUCUUGAAGAUGAUAGCCCAUAACAUCAACAACAAACCAGAACCUCCUCCAAAACCAACAUUUGAAGAUUGUGAGAAGAAGUUGAAUGAGCUUGGGUGGGCGAAAGAUGAUCCGUUACACUUAGUUGCACUCACCAUUUUUUGUGACGAAAAAGAGAACUAUAGGGAAUUAUGGAUGAAAUUAAACCCGGAGAGGUGUGCUAAUUGGGUUAGAAUUAUUGGACGUAGUAAAAGAUUCACUUAAUUGAAUUAUUUUAUGUUAUGGUUUUGUUGGGAUUUGUAUAAAUGUGAAUAUGAAUCAGUGGAGUAGUAAAGUUAAUAUUUGUUA